GGCGGAUGCACCGUAGCGCACCCGACAGGCGGGAGCCAGCGGAUUGGUCGUUCACCCCCCUUCGCGUGCAAUUACGCUGCUGGCUCGAGAGUUUCGCGAGAGAGCUCAGGUCACUCGCGUUUCUGGGAGCCAGGAUCUCGCCUUUGUUUUUCCAGUGGCCAGCAGACAGGUCACAUGGAGCAUGGUCGAGGAAUAUGGUGACCCCAAGAGCGCACAACUUGCAAGGGGAGGCGGGCCGUUCCUCCUGAAGGAUUCGCCUGAUCUGGUCGAGCAGAUUUUCAAACGAAUGGGUUACCUCGACGAUUACCGGAACCAAUUGAAGGACGAAGCCGUGGAAACCUUCCUUCGUGGUGAAAGAAAUCACCGAGAGCUGCAGAGGCUUGGGGUCGUCAUUGGCGAGGCUGAUUCGGUGCUGGACAAGCUGAGCAAGAUCAGGCUGGCCUGUCUGUCAAGCUCGUGUGGCGGGAGGUGGCAGUUACCUCCUAGCGACAGGAACGUGAGAGAGCAUUUGGUAGCUCGGGGCCUUCUGAAUCGGGAAAGCUCACUGGACGAGACUUCCCAGGCCAUGGAAGCGAGCGUGAAGUCUUCAGGUUCUGUACCGAUGAAGUCCUACCACGGACUUGUUGCUCAGUAUCAGGAUGUGUUUUUUGGCCGGCGACAGGACCCCUCCAGGCGACGCUGAUCCGUGGCACCUCCAGGUGCAGACCGCCCGCAAUACAAAUCACCGCAGCGUCCCCGCACGCCUCCGCCUCCCUCCAUGGACGGAAGGCCCCGCUCCAGUCGCCCUCGCCCAUCGCGCUCGAUGCCAGGGCAGGCAGGCAG